AUGGUGAGGAAAAAGAGAAAUAAUGGGAAAAAGAUUCUUAGCAUUGGUCUUAGAGCUGUAAAUCCAAGUUUAGCUACUCUUGGUGAUCAUUUUGAUACUGAUUUUGUUGAAGAUGAUGAAGAAUCUCCCUCAAGUAUAAUGGGUUCAACUGGACCCAAGGGAGAAAGGAAGAAGAAGACAAUGGCGGAUAUACUUGAAACUACUACUUCUCUGGGAUCUCAGAUGAUGGGUGCUUUUGGUAAAUCUCCUAUCUCUAGUAGAUCUAAUAGAGUUUCUUGGGCUGAUGAAGUUGAUUUGGGGAAAGAAUCAGCUUCGAUUCCAUUGAUUUCUGCUUCAAAAGAAGUUAGAUCUAGUCCAUUGACUUCUGUUUCGAAUCCAGUUUGUCCAUUGUUAUCUGCUUCGAAUCUAGAUUCCUCUGCAAAACUUGAUACUGUUUCAUUGAUUUCUGCUUCAAAAGAACCUGAUUCAGAUACUGUCAAUUUGGAUCAAGCUACAAAAUUAAAUACAGAUAAUUUGAAUCCUGAUUCUUCUACCUCGGGUGGAAAUGUAAAGAAAAGUUGGGUGAGUCUCUUUUCCGAUAAUAGGAAACCGGGGUGUGGCUUAGAUCUGAGCUACAUUCCUUCUGGAACAACUGAUACAGUCAUUUUUGAUGAUGAUGAAUGGAAUGCAGGGGCUUCUAUCUGGAAAUUCUCUCUUGUUGGUCAAGUUCUGGGUAUAAAUGUAAGAUUUAAAGCAAUGGAAAGUUUUGUUAAAAAAGUCUGGUCACAUCUUGCAAAUCCAGAAAUCUGUCUUCUUAAACCAGGGGUGUUUCUCUUUAAUUUCAAUAGUAAAGAUGAAAUGAAUGAAAUACUUAUGAGUGGACCUUGGUUUUUUGGCUCAAGACCUUUCUUAUUAAAAGCAUGGUCUAUGGGGGAUGAUUUUGAGAAAGUUGAUGAACACAUCUACCCUAUGUGGAUCCAGUUUCCUGCAUUAAAACUGAAUCUGUGGAAUGAAAAGGGGAUAAGCAAAAUUGCCAGUCUUAUUGGUCACCCUAUUGCUACUGAUAAGCUUACUGCAAAUAGGAAAAGGCUAGCUUAUGCAAGAGUUCUGGUUCAGGUAACAUUGCCUUCCUCACUGCCUGACCAAGUGGUUAUAAAAGGCCCAAAUGGGUGUUCUUAUACACAGAGGGUUAUCUAUGAAUUAAAACCAAGGUGGUGUGAUCAUUGUAAGAAAGUGGGUCAUGACAAUCAACACUGUAAAAGGAAGCCUAUGGUGCAAAGAUGGAUACCAAAACAUGCUCAGCAUGGUAUUUCUGGUAAACAGGAGGUUCAGAUUGACCAGACAGUCCAGGAACAAAAUGCAAAAAGUGUUAUAGAUGUGGAAAUCACACCUACAGAGAAUAGGAAAGGAAAAGAAGUUCUGCAGGAGAUUACUCAGACUACAGGGAAAGAUUUUGGUAAUUGCCAGGAAGGUGUAAAAUCUACUAUAUCUGGAGAGCACUGUUCCGUGCAUGUUGUGCAUGCUGGACAAAAUACUAGUAGGAAAUCUACACAAAAUGAAGCCUCAAGAAUACAAAUCCAAAAUCAAGAGAGGAAGAAUUCCAUGAUUAAGAAUCCUUUUUCUUUGUUGAACAGUGAAAUAAAUGAUUUUGACCCCUUUACAAUUGAUAGGGGGGAAACAAAAAUAAGAAAUACUAAAGUGCCUGAGGCUGCUAAAAGGAUAGCAAAAAAUUGGAGUUGGCUCUCAAAUGCUACUUGCUCUGCAAAAGCUAGAAUCCUCAUUUUGUGGGAUCCUGAUGUUCUGGACAUUCAAGUUUUGUCUUCUUCUCCCCAGCAAAUUACCUGCUCUGUAAAUUCAAAGGAUGGUAAUUUCAGUAGCAUACUAUCUGCAGUAUAUGGUUUAAAUCAUCAAGAAACUAGGAGAAACCUGUGGUUGGAAUUAACUCAGAUCAAGCAAGCAAUUGGAAAUGAAGCAUGGCUACUUUGUGGAGACUUCAAUGUUAUGAUUAGCUGUUUUUAUACUUGGAACAACAAACAAGACUCAGAUUCCAGAGUGUGGUGCAGAUUGGACAGAGCUUUAGUAAAUGAUCUCUGGAUUAACAAAUACAAUGCAAGUCAUGUUGAGUACAUGCUUCCAAGUUUCUCAGAUCAUUCACCUGCUGUUAUUUCAGUAUAUGAAGAUAAAAUACAGGGGAAAAAACCUUUUAAAUUCUUCAAAAUGUGGACAAAACAUGCUGAUUUUAUUCCUACAGUAUCAGCUGUUUGGGGGGAUUCUGUGAGAGGUUGUAAUAUGUUCUCUGUGUAUUCAAAGCUGAAGAAACUGAAGGAAUCUCUAAAAGGUCUUAACAAAAGACAUUUUAGCAAUAUAAGUGAACAGGUCCUGAGAGCAAAAGCUGAAGUAGAUGAAGUCCAAAUGAAGUUGCAAUCUGAUCCCUUAAAUUCUGAGCUCAUCAGGCAAGAAAAGUGCUGCAUUUCAAAAUACAGCAAACUCUUCGCUUGUGAAUUAUCUUUUUAUCAGCAAAAGGCUAGGAUAAAUUGGAGUUUACAAGGAGACAAGAAUACAAGUUUUUUCCACUCUAUCAUUAAAUCCAACAGACAUCACAGCAGGGUAUUAACACUAUAUAAUAGUGAUGGGGGGAAAAUCUCUGAUGGAGAGGAUAUUGUAAACGAGUUCAUCUCUUUUUACAAGAGUCUUAUGGGCACUGCCAAGCACACUUCAACUGCUAAUGCAAAUAUUAUUAGCAGUGGACCAUGUCUGAUGGAAAAUCAAAGGAGAGAUCUCUCUAUGCCAGUCAAUGAUGAAGAGAUUAAAGCUGCUGUUUUCUCUAUACCAGAUAAUAAAGCCCCAGGUCCAGAUGGAUAUAGUGCCUCCUUCUAUAAAGCAGCAUGGCCUGUUAUUGGAGAUGAGGUUAUAGCUGCUAUCAGGGAAUUCUUUAGAACAGGGAAGCUGCUGGGUGCUGUGAAUUCAACUUACAUUGCUUUGAUUCCUAAGGUACAAUGCCCUAAAACCCCAGCUGAUUUCAGACCAAUCUCUUGUUGCAAUUGCCUUUAUAAAUUCAUAUCAAAAAUUUUAGCAAAUAGAAUUCAAACUGUGAUGGGGUUUCUCAUCAAUGAGGCUCAGUGUGCUUUUGUAAAAGGGAGACAAAUCACCAGUAAUAUCCUGUUAGCACAUGAACUUGUCAAGAAUUACGGCAGGAAAAAUCUCUCUCCCAGAGUUAUGAUAAACAUUGACAUAAGGAAAGCCUUCGACACUAUCAGCUGGGAUUUUCUGCAUGUUAUGUUAAGAGGCCUAGGGUUUCCUGAUAUCUUUACAAACUGGAUCAUGUCAUGUAUCACUUCCCCCAAAUACUCCAUCUCCUUAAAUGGUUCAUUGCAUGGAUACUUCAAUGGAGAAAGAGGCCUAAGGCAAGGGGACCCCCUCUCCCCCUAUCUCUUCAUUAUUGGUCUUGAAUAUCUGUCCAGGAGUUUUGAACUUCUAAGAUAUGACAAACAGUUCAAAUACCACCCUAAGUGUAGAAAGUUCAAAAUUUCACACUUAGUUUUUGCUGAUGACCUCCUCCUUUUCUGUAAGGGUGAUUUAUAUUCUGUACAGAAAAUCUACAAAUGUGUCAAAGACUUUGGAGAUAUUUCUGGAUUGGAAGCAAACCCUUUGAAGUGUUCAAUCUUCUAUGGUGGGGUUCAAGAAUCAGAUAAGAAUGCUAUUUCAAGAUGCUUGGGGUUCCCUGAGGGUACUUUGCCUAUCAAAUAUCUUGGUAUGCCACUCAUUUGCAAGCGGAUGUCUUAUCAGGACUGUAAUCCUUUGUUCAUGAAAAUAACAAACCAGUUUCAAACAUGGAUGAAGAGCAAAAAUCUAUCAUAUGCCGGUAGAUUACAAAUCAUAAAGAGUGUAAUUCUGGGAGUGCAAAUAUUCUGGACCUCUAGCUAUAUCCUUCCAGCAAAAGCCCUUCACAAAAUAGAUGAACUCUGCAGAAACUUUCUCUGGGGAAAGGUUCCUCUUGUUGCUUGGAGCAGUGUAUCUACUGGUAAAAUCAAUGGAGGCUUGGGGGUUUUUUCUGCUGCCCUAUGGAAUAAAGCAACUGCUAUGAGGACUCUUUGGUAUAUUCACAUCAACAAGGAGUCAUUAUGGAUAAAAUGGGUACAUGGUACCUAUCUUAAGGGAAAUGAUAUCUGGCAUGUUAAGAGUAAAGCAGGUGACUCCUGGCUAUGGAAGCAGUUAAUCAAGUAUAGAGACUAUGCUGUGAACUUACUGGGUGGUGUUGAGAACUUGAAGAAUCUAAUUAGCUCCUGCUAUGUAAAUUCCAAAGUCCAACUCUCUGCUCUGUACAAUGUUCUAAAACCAGGUUCAAAGGUGGACUGGCAUGAUACUGUUUGGGAUAAGUUAAACUACCCCAAGCAUUCCUUCAUUAUGUGGCUGGCCAUUCAAGAUAAACUCCUUACACAGGACAGAUUACACAAGAGAGGGAUCAUCCAAUCAAAUCAGUGUUUGUUGUGUGAAGGUGCAGUAGCUGAGAGCAGGAACCACUUAUUUUUUGACUGCAACUUCUCCAAUUGUGUGUGGAAUGGCAUUAUGGAGUGGCUCAAAUUCAAGUGGAGAUCAGCGGAUUGGUAUUUGCUCAUGAACUGGUAUACUUCCAGGUUAAGAGGAAAAGGCAGCAAACAGAGGAUUAAAAGACUAGCUCUCACGGCUACAAUUUACAACAUUUGGAGGGAGAGGAAUGCUAGGAUCUUCAAGGAGGAAUUCAGAAGUGUAGAACAGCUGAUCAAGGCCAUAAAAGUUGAUACUUGGACCAUCCUACUCAAUUGCUCUUUGCCUGAUGAAGCUUACAAUUGGCUCUUGUAA